ACCUCAAUCGCUGCACUGAUUGGAUACACGGCGCUCGAAGGCGUUGCUCGAUUUUAUGAUACUAUAGAGAACCAAUCUACUGAAAAGAAUCAUUAGUCCUACAACAUACGUGAGCGAUUGAACACAAAACAAUUCUGUGUUUUACCAGUGAUGAUGUAAAUAUGGUCGUGCCUCAGGGUUCUGUCACAAAGCCGUGUAUUAUGGCACAUACACCGCUAAAAUCGUUCACGAUCAACUCUAUCUUGCCGGAAACGGCGCUAGAUGUACGUGAAACUUCCGAACCUGAAGAUGAGUGCUGCAUGAAGCAAGAGACUUUGUCGGAUGCGGAAGUGAGUGAUUGUGAUUCGGACUUGGACGUUACCGGUACUAGUACCCCGCCUCUGGAUUGCUCUAACAAGUCGGCUGAUGAAGAGGAGAGCCAUAAAGACGGAAAAGAGAAAAAACAAAACGAAAAGCCUCCUUAUAGUUACAACGCGUUAAUAAUGAUGGCAAUAAGGAACAGCCCCGAAAAGCGGUUAACACUCAACGGCAUUUACGAAUACAUAAUGAAAAAUUUCCCCUAUUACAAGGAUAACAAACAGGGGUGGCAGAACUCCAUUAGGCACAAUCUCAGUCUUAACAAAUGUUUCGUAAAAGUGCCGAGACACUAUGACGAUCCUGGAAAAGGCAACUAUUGGAUGUUGGACCCAUCUGCCGAAGAUGUUUUUAUUGGUGGCACCACUGGCAAACUUAGAAGACGAUCAACAGCUGCCUCCCGAUCACGACUAGCAGCCUUUAAACGAACUCUAUCAUUAUACUCACCUCUUCAAACCUGUUAUCCAGGUUUCUAUCCUCCCUCCCCAGCGCUUUUGGCUGCAGCAUACUCCCGCUAUAACCCCUACCUCCACGCUCCAGCUGCGACAAAUUUCCUCCCGCGUCCCACUCCCAUACAACCCCAGAAUCUAGGGAUCAACCCUUCUGCGAUGGAUAUGAAUACAGCGCCCUUGUUUAGGCCGCCGCAUUCCUUAUUCGAAAUGUACAAUAACUUACGCUUAGCAGUGCCUUUGCAAUAUCCCUUGCAGAUUCCUGGAUUGGCUGGCGUCGGCAACUUGAAUGCGUUAAGUAAUUUGAAUCUCCCGUCGUCGAGUUGCUCCAGCCCGCAGGAACCUAGGUCAUCAGGCGAAGGACUUUUGAAACCGGUGACUGUUAUAACUAGGAAUAAUUGAGAUUUUAGUAAUUCUGUGAUUCGUAUUUAAUUCGUGUAUAUAAUACAGGAUGUUUCAUUUCAAAAUGAGCUAGUCAGCUACAAGAUCGCGAAAAAGCGAUAACUUAAUCGGUUAUGUUACUGAUAUAGUCACAUUGUGACGCUACGUUUGUUGUAGGCUUGAUUCCAAAUAAAUUAACAGUUCAUUUUAAAUAUAUGUUAUGUUUAGAACAUAUUGAGCAAUGAGUUUAUAAGACAUUUUUAGUAGGAUCAUGGUAGCUGCAGAAGAAAUAGUUUUUAAAACAAAAAUAAAGGAUUUUCCAAAGGAAAGUUUAAACAAAUUUUUUGUAUAAUUUAAAAUAUGUCUAUAAAGUUUAAAAUAAACUUUUGACAAAUAGCAAAUAGUAGGUACAGGUAUUUUGGUUCGUUUAUAAUUAGAAAAAAAAAACGAAAUCGGAGCGUCCCAAAAAUGUCGUGUAUAACAUUGCGAAGUGCGCAAUGACUUUAUAUAGCAUUAACUUUUUUCCAUAGGAAGGAAUACGAGCAGGAAAAACUAUUUGUUAUGUUCUGGUACUAAUUCUUUGUGAAAAGUUAGGCCUUGUCAAAUACACUAACAGAUAAAAAUAUUGCAUAUUUGAUGUUGAGUCUGUUUUUGGAGUAUUUUUUACCUUUGAAAAGUAGUUUAGUACCUACUUUUUAUUGGUAAAUAAGUUGUACUGUACUAUUUUGCGUAUAUUUAUUGGGAAGUAACUUGCAUAUUGUAGAGCUACAACAAAUUUGUAGAAAAAUUAAUGACAUAGUCUGAUUUUGCAUAUAUAACAUUUAAUUAGAAAGAGAGAUAAUAAGUAACGAAAAUAGAACACUUUUUACGGCAACAUUGUAACAACUUAUUACGUACUGAGUAUUCCUUACUUAAAAUAUCCUGCAUCUUUGUAGGCAUGCUUCGCAGAAGAUCUUGGAUAGCUUCUUGCGGAAGUUGAUUUCAUUACUCCUCUGCAGCAACUCUUGAUGCUGCAAUUGAGUUUGGAGCGGAAUUUCUUGCUGUGGGAUUUACAUCAGGAUUUAUUAGUGGUCAGUCUAGAGCCUCAAUUCCAGUAUCCCCAAGUUAUUGUAUUAUUAUUCCUACGGCAUCUGUACGGGCAUUAUCAUGCAUUAUCACAAAGUUUAAUACCCAAUGAAGCCGGCAUAAGGAAAACAUGUUCUUUCAGGAUGGUGCGUAUGUAGGUACCAGUCAGCAGUCAUUCGAAUAUUUACCUCAAUAAGCCCCUUACGACUGUCAAAACUAAUGCCAUCCCAUAGCAUACUGGAACCGCAUCCGAAGCUAACAUUGUGUUCAAGACUGCGAAACGUUCCCCAAAUUUUCUGUACUCGACCACGUUCAUCUGGCUUCCAUAAUUGUAUUCUUCUUUCAUUUGCGAAAAGAACUCUUCCUCAUUUAUGUUGGUUCCAGUUAACAUAACAAAUAUCUUCUUGUCUGUAACCAUCAUUGACUAAAGAAACAAUUUUAACACACACUUACUCGCAGCAUAUCAGCAAGUAAACUUCAGAAUAAAAGUUUGUUAGUUUGUGACAUGAUUACUUCCUCGGCUAAAAAGACUAUGUAAUAAGCAUUUUUUAAUCUCUAAUAAAUAAUUGUAAUAUACGUAAACAUACCUUAGCAUCGCGCAUACAGGAAUAAAAAAACUGCAUAAUACUUAAAAGAUAAAAAAAAUAAAUAAAAAAUAAUUAUUGAAGAUAAAAUAUGCAAUAUUUUUGUCUGUGAGUAUAUUUAGUUGUGCAGAAUUCACAAUUACCUAAUUAUAAAAUAAAUUUUACUUUUUACUUGACGUAUCGGUUAUUAGAUUUGUUAAAAUAUAUUUUGAAAACCGCCGCCGAUCUAAGUUGAAACUUACAUAAAAACAUUAUUAUAGUUAAAUUUUCAAUUUUAACAUAAUAUGCUUUUUCCCAUCUUAUGCGCGCACCACACUCUCGGCGAAGUUACUUCGCCAAAGUUGGCCGAAGUCCGAACACUACACACUCGUUCUACUUCGCGAGGAACACAUUCAGGCGGUGCGAUACCGACUUUGAUCCCUUUGACUCGGACGCGCGUGACCGACAGAUAACGGAAGUAGAACGAAGCGAGGCAAAGUUGCACAAGGUGGCCGUCUACACUCUCGUACUUGUUGAACCUCGAUCGACUUCGGCGAGAGUGUAGACGGCGUUUAAAUCUGAAGAUUUUAUAGCAAAACAAUUAUUAUAAAUUUAUUUCAGGAAUAACAUAAUAAAAAUAUUAUCUAUUUUUCUAAUAGAUAUAAUGGGUACAUAUAACGAUAACUUCCUUUUGAUUUGGUUUUUUUUUCUGCUUGAAUUGAUCUAAAUACAUUUUCUUAAAUUGAUAAAUUCGGUCUUCUUUUGUUUCAGUAUUAUUAUUUGUUUGCGUUUUUAUACAUCAAUAAAAAGAUUGCAGCAAAAACCGAAAAAAAAAUGUUUGACAAUCUUUUUGAGGUUCUAAACAGCUCUAAUAGAUUCAACGUUUUGCAAAUUCAAGUUACAUUCUAUCUCUGUAUUCUCUGUACAUUUUUUUCUUGCACAUUAAUUUUGUUUCUUAUCCUCUGACCAUUUUUCUGUCUUUUUUUAGACAUUUUAUAAGACCUUUUAUCUUUGCUUUACUCUUCAUUUCAUUUGUUAUAUUUCUUGUUAGGUUAAACUACUAUUUUUUAUUCCAAGUAUAUAGCCUUCUGAUUUUUCUUUUCCGUUGUCAUACGUUAGGUCCAUGAUCCUGUACUUUCUAUGUGUCUUCUCCAUUGUGAUGUCCACGUCAAAAUCUGUUUAGGAAUUCUGUCAACUGGUAUUCUCUGUACGUGGCCGUACCGUAUUAGUUGUUUUGUUUUUAUGUUACCAAUUAUUGAAUGUGUGACUCCCAUCAUUUUUCGUAUUCCCUCAUUUGGUAUCCGAUCUCUUCUUGAUUUGCCUGCCGCUCUUCUUCAGAAAUUUGUUUCUGUAAUAUCUAUACUAUUUUAUCCAUAUUAUGUACACAUACCAUUGCGUUCACGCUGUGAACACAAACAUGCAACAACUUAAUAUUCUGCAAUAUUUAUUCUGAUUUGUGAUUUCAAAGACCAGCUAUCUUAACAUCUCUUUGGUAUUCUUUCUGAGAACCUUUUUCUAUUUGGCUUCACAUCUCUUGCAAGUUUUUCAAUUCCAUCGUCUCUUAUUCUCAUUAAUUGAUAAUUUAAAUUUCUUUUUUAAUAUUUUGCUCGUCUCACUGCAUAUUGGACAUCAUAUUUUUACUAUUUCAUUUGGGAAUAAAGUCACAAUUUAAGUUUGAAAUUAAAUUUAUUUGACCUUUCAUAUAUUACCAUCAUCGUUAACUGUUGGUUAUUGGUUGUAGUUUCUUUAGGUACCUACAUGUAUAUCAUCGUAAUCGACAUCUGUUGGUUUAUUGGUUAUAUUGUCUUUACGUACAUGUAUGAUAUUAUCGUCGUCAUCAUCUGCAUAAUCUACCGUUUUAAAAAAGUUGUCAACUUUACUUUUAUUGCUCUUCAUAAAUUAGUUUUUUAGAUCAUUGGAAACUUCAUUGUCAGAUGAAUCCAAAUUUAGACAUUUGUAGAAAUUUGAUUUGUAGAAAAAGGGUUCAUUUAAAACAAUAUAUUAUGCGUAUUGGUUCCGGAUGAACCAUCACUCUUCCUUUUUUAUUUUGGUCUUCUUUGGUUUAAAAGGUGCAGGGGCUUCUGUAUCGAUAUGUUUAACUUCAUCUAUAUCAAUCUUUGCCGAUCAGUUCAUCUUCGCUACUUUCGUUUUUAUUCUUUUCAUUUUAGUCUCUGCUGCUAGGAGCUGAUUUUCUCGGUAAAAAAAAAACAACUCAAAAAAGAAGAGACCGUUGGCGUCUUUCAUAUUUGUUUCUAGUUCUUUAGCUUUUUUAUUUGCUUGUGUUUCGAUUUCUUUGCAGGCCCUUUCAAUGGUUUUAAUAAUAUUGAUGUACAUUUUGAUCACAUCAGAUUUUGCUUUCAACUCUCUUAAUUCAUCCUAUAGAUUUUGGACGUUUCUAGUCAAUAUACACACGAUAAACAGAAAAAAGUAAUGCAUUUUGAAGCGCCGAACCAGUUCUAUCAGCCCUUUUUUAAUUUUCUUCUGCUUCGUCUUCGUAUUCUUCCUCUUUAUCAGCAAGUCUGUUUGUUCAUUGGCGGAUUGAUACCUUCCGUGGAAGGUUGCAACUCCACCUUUUGCGCGACCGGCCGAUAAUUCUUUUAUCGAUUGGUGAUUUAUCUCUUGAUAUGUUGACCACACUUGUCCCCCUCAUUCUGUUUACGUGGUGAUUCCAUACUUUUUUUUCUAUUAAGUGUGCAUCCGUUUAUACACUCUCCUCUAAUAUCUUCACUCCUCUUUCGAUAUCUCAGAGUAUUUCCUAAUUAUUCUCAGUACUCUCAUCUCUGUUGUUUCCAGUAGUACGUAUUUGUAUUGUAGCUGUAUCGGGUCUUUUUUCUGAUGCAUAUGUCAUUAUUGGUCUUAUCCUGGCUUUAUAAAUUCUUGACUUCUUUGUCCAGGUCUCCGUAGGAGGUCAGUGUAAUUCCACGCUAUUUCCAUUACUUGUUCAAUACUGAUGCCAUCAAUUUCUAUUUUACAUCUGACUGGUUCAUUACUGAUUACUAUGGUUUUAGUUUUCUAAGAUGAAAUUGUCAUAUUGAAUUCUUUUGCUCUUAUGUUAGUUAAAUGUGUGGACUAAUCUUUGCAGAAUAUUUUCAUCUUGGGCUAUCAAUAUUACGCCGUCUGUGAUCACAGUAUGUUUACUUCUUUGUUUUGUUUUUUACUUUUAGGUAGAACAUAUUUUUGGUGUUCCAAUUAUCACACAACUGUUCACGUAGAAAAACUAGAAACAAGCAGGCACUUCAGAAUUUACGGUAUUACAUAUUAACUAUGAACUAAUAUUUGUAAUUAUAAGUUAUUACAUAAAUUGGUAAUUGCUUUUAAAGCCUAUAAAUUGUCUUAAUAGCACUUCAAAUUAUUCAAUUAAAACAACCAGGAAAAAUGCAGUAAUCACUUUUUAAACAGUUGUAUAACACCUUAAAUUAAUGCAAAACAAACCAAACUACAUAAAUAUAUACUGAACAUAUUGUCCUCAAGAUUUUAUUAGAAAAAAUAAUAAUAUCCAAAAUAAACAAAUACUAUGUCAAACAAUAUAAAUCGAAUAAAAAAUGCAUUCGUUCUUCCCCAUUAGUUUUGACACAAUUCUGAAUACUUAAUAAAUCUACUUUAAAGACUCUUUUUUAAAUCUUCUUUACUCUUCCUCUUGUUCUCAUAUUUUUGUAGCCAAUAUAGGUAUCGGGUUCAUAUAUAAUAUGUUCAUGGAGCUCAUGAAUAUGAACACACUUCUCCAUGAGUCGUCAUCCCUGGAUCAACGUUUGCUCUUCUAUUUAUUUCUUUUUAUUCCUAGGAAUUUUAUUUUAUUUUAUUUCUGUAACCCCUCCUUGAUCGGCCUUUUCUGUUUAUGAAUAUUCUUUUAACACCUACCAGUUUUUUAAUAACUUUAUUCAGUAUCCUUGCGAUACCUAUAUAAUAUAUUGAAAUCAUUUAAGUUGUUUCUUCUAGUCUAUUACAGCUAUUAAAUCUUUUUUUGUCAUACAUAUUUUGAUUUUUUCUUUUUUUUUUGUAUACGUACCUACUCGACUUUAAUAUACAUUUGGAUAUAAAUAUUAUUAAUUUUUUACAUUAUAUGUAGCGGUUUUUAUUCGAAAAACCUUUUGAUCAAUAUUUUUUAGUUUAUUGUAUAGAGUAUUGUGUGGUGUUUACAAUAAACUACAAAAAGUUGGCUAUAAUAAAAAGAACAAUAUCUUUGAGAAUGCAGAUCCUAACCUAACCCAUUAUUUCUUAAAUAAUGAAACAUCUUGUAUAUUUUAAUGUGUAAAAAUGUAAAUAUUUAAUAAUUGUAUAAAGUAACUGUUAGAAUGUUGUAUAUUUUUGCAAACAGUGUAUUGUGCAUUUUUAGAUGCAUAGUGAUUAGUGUCCGUUAAGAAUAUUCGAGCACAAUUUCUGUAAUAAAUUUUUAAUAUUUUA